UGUUGUCUACUUUCUUUUUAUUACUUGUCCGUCUCUUCUCUUGUUGGGAUUUCGGUUAAUCCACAGGUUGAUGCAAGAGAAUAAUGAAUGGCGGAGUUGUGCCACGUUGAUGCCGCCGCGCGGUGAGUGGCUUGGAAAUGUGUAGAGUUUGUUUGGUGAUGAGUGAGAUAAAAUGUAAGAGCGGUUGCCCCAAGGGUGUGUCGCACGCUAUGCAGUAAAAGAGAAGAAUGGAAAAGAUGAGAGUUGACGAUGGAUAGAAGGUCGAUUCGACACUGCUCUACUUGGGGAGAUGAGGUCGAGGGAUGUACUCGGUAUCGAGAUCGAGGGCGAGACGAAGAUAUAAAGCAACCAAGGGCUGCAAGUGCCAGGUACGUGUACAGGCGGGUACUUGGCCGGUCUGGAGCUUACUUUGCUGGUACCGACCGAGUCCGUCGAGUCGAGAUUGAUCCUCUGAGAAUCGCACUGGGUCCUCCUAUUCUGUGUUAUGUCGGGUGUGUCGGCGAGUGGCCGGAUUGGUGCGAUUGGACAGGGGGCGGACUAUCGCAGGGCGGCAAUUGGACGGAUGCUGACCGGUGGCGAUGCGAGUCGCGGAUUUUGGUAUGUGGACGGCGUGGUAGUAAUAUGGAGCGUGGAGUAAGUAGUAGUUCCAGUUAUUGUAUUGAUCUGGAAGAACAAGGUUGGUGCUGGUAAUCCAAGCGCAGUAGUUGGCCGUAGCCAGGAAUAUGAAUGUUCCUGACUGAGAGAGUGGGAGAGGUAAAAAAGAAGAAGAAAAAAAAAAGUUGCGAGCAAUAUCCUCCCCCCAACUGC